GUUGUUGUGAACUGCGUUUUUGUUUUUUCAAAAAAUGAUAUUUUUGCUUUUGAUUAGUUUCCUUGGAGGUACCUUUGCAGUGGCACCAAAUUACUAUCCGCAAUACUCAUCUCAGCCAAAUUAUUCAAAUAAAGUAAAUGUACCUAUAGUUUCUGAAUCGAACGAGAUAAGUCCAGAUGGAACUUUUGCUUAUAGUUAUAGCACAGGAGAUGGUCAAAACGUUCAGGCUCAAGGUUAUCUCAAAAACGCUGGAAAUAAAGACACCGAAUCCGAAGUUAUUCAAGGUUCUUAUUCCUACACAUCACCGGAAGGCACAAUUAUAACAGUCAACUAUAUAGCAGACGAAUUUGGAUUUAGAGCUGAAGGAGCUCACUUGCCCACUCCUCCUCCAAUUCCAGAAGCUAUUCAAAGAUCCUUAGAGUUAAUUGCUCAAGCCCAAGGCAGAUCAGGAACUGUGUCAACGAGUUAUCCAGAACAACGGUCAUAUAAGUCGAACUACAGAAGCCAGUAUAACAGACCAUAUAAAUAUUAAAUGUUAAAUAUUUUGUUUCUUACAC